GGGAGUGCUGAGGCAAGUACACUGUUCCUCAUGUUCCCAGUAAAUUUCAUUAGUUGGAAUUAUGGAUCUUAAAAGUACCUUCUGUGUGGAUUAUACAGGAUCAGUGCUUCAGAAACUAAUCUACAUCGUUCUGAUGAUACUCUGCUACAAGAUAAAUAAUCACCUGGCCAUGGAACUGGAAUAUAAAGUGCAAGAGAAUGAAAAUGAAGGAGUGUUUAUUGGAAACAUAGCCACAGAUAUACUUUUGACAUCAGUUACUAACUGUGAUUCAAUGGCUUACAAACUCAUGAAAGAAAUGGACUAUGUGAUUCUCAGGCAUGAGAGUGGAGAGCUAUAUACAACCAAGCACAGAAUUGACAGAGAAACUUUAUGUCCAGUCGAAUUCCGCGGUGAUCCUUGUGUCCAAGAAGUCAAUGUGGUUAUUCUAUGUGCUGAUCAGUAUCUGCAAAUGGUGAAAGUUAAGAUAGUCAUCCUGGAUGUCAAUGAUAAUGCACCGUAUUUUGCAGAACAAGUGAUGAACCUUUCUAUUCCAGAAGAUGCAGCUGCAGGUACAUCGUUUGGAAUUGACUAUUAUGCAAAUGACAAUGACACUGGGGAGAACAGCAUUAAACAUUAUUUUCUUGAAAAUAGCCAAAAUAUUUUCAGCUUGAAUGAUGGUGAAACACCCUCCAUUGUUGUCCAUCAACCAUUAGACAGGGAGGUGAAGGAUUUGUAUGAAAUGAAGAUUGUGGCUGUGGAUGGCGGUAUACCCCCUUUAUCUGGAACAGCCACACUUCUGAUUAACAUUCAAGACAUUAACGAUAACUGCCCCGUUUUUAAUGUAUCAGCAUUUGAUAUUCAGAUCCCUGAAAACAUGUCCUCCAAUAGUGUAGUGACGCAGCUACAUGCCUUUGAUGCAGAUCUAGGCCCCAAUGCUGAAAUCAGCUAUUCUUAUGGCAAUCGAGUUCAGGAGAUAUCCAGGAAACUAUUUACCUUACAUAGUGACACUGGGCUUAUCACGUUUUCUGGAAAUAAAAAUCCAGAGAUAUCUCCUAUACAUAAACUCACAGUGUUAGCUAAUGGCCCAGGCUGUGCCCCAGCUAUAAUUCAAAUUACAGUGUCUGUCAUGCACAGCAGCAAAUACAGUCCAAAGUUGGAGAUCAGUUAUAUAGCUAACCAGGCAGAUGGUGUGAUUUACCUGAAAGAGACUGCACCUGAAAAUACCCCAAUUGCUCUCCUAGAAGUAACUGACCCAGAUCAUUACAUAAAAGGAACAAUCUAUAUCAGCGGCAGUGUGCCUUUCUAUUUAAAACCCUACGAAAGGUCAAGAAAUAAGCAUCUUAUAGUCACAUCACAGCUUUUAGACCAUGAGCUUGAAAACCAAUAUGAGAUUGUAAUUAAGGCAGAAGAUCCUCACAGUCUUCAUGAACUAACAAUACAUGUUAAGAUUACUGAUGAAAAUGACAACUCCCCAGAAUUUUACCAAAGCUCUUUCGAGGCUUUCAUUGAAGAAAACAAUAUGCCAGGAGCUUUUUUACUGAAAAUCUCAGCAACAGAUGCUGACAGCGGCCAGAAUGGGAAAGUGACUUACCACUUGGGACCUGAUGCUUUACCCAUCUUUUCAAUUGAACAAUUCACAGGAAAUUUAAUAGCGUCCACCACUUUGGACAGGGAAAAAGACAAACUGUAUCGGUUUUCUGUUUCUGCUGUUGACCAUGGAGUUCCUCCCAGAAAGAGAAGCACUAUUGUAAUCAUUCAUGUCUUGGACCAGAAUGAUAACACACCCUCUUUCCUCACCAAUGACUAUACAUUCUUUAUUCCAGAGAACUUCCCGAGACAUGGUGAAAUUGGAGUCAUCAAUGUAACAGAUUUAGAUGAAGGAGCUAAUGGUAAUGUUACUGUAUCCAUCCUGAAUAGUAGUAGCCAUUUUUUAAUGGACAACACCAAAGGAAUAUUACGUUGCAAUUCUUCAGUCGAUCGAGAGAAACAUACCAUGCAUGUAUUCUGGGUUGAGGCUGUGGAUGAUGGGAGAUCACCUCUCUCCUCCACAGCAAAAAUAACUGUAUUUGUUCUGGACAUAAAUGAUAAUCCUCCAACUGUAUUACUUCCUCAGUCAAACAUAUCAUGGCUUCUUGUGCCCCCUAACACACCCCAAGGAACUGCAGUGGCUGAGAUUUAUGCCAUUGACUAUGAUGCUGGUAUUAAUGCCGUCAUGACUUACACUAUUGUUGGGAGGAAUGGUCCUGCCCCUCAUGCAUUUGGAAUUAAUACAGCGACAGGAAAUAUUACAUUACAAGAGAAACUGUUGAGCAAAGACUAUGGUUUGUAUCAACUACUUGUAAAAGUCAGUGAUCUUGGGCAACCCCAGCCUCUCCAUUCCACAGUCAUGGUCAAUUUGUUUGUCAAUGAGACUGUGAGUAAUAAAAGUUAUUUGGAAGACUUGUUGCACAGACGAACUGUUUUCACAGAAGAAGUGCAAACUGAACCAAAUCCAUGUCCUUUGUUACAGACAUUAGACAUCCCCUGUUCACCUCCGAUCAUUCCCAUUGCAAUCACAAUGAUCAUUGUCUCUAUUAUUUUCUUCACCAUUUCGCUUUGUAUGCUUCUAAGUAUGAGAAAGAAAAGCAAAAAAAAAGAACUUUACAUAGAUGCCAAGAUACCAUUAAAAAUAAAUCUCGACUAUUAUACAAAAGACUGGAAUGAUGAACAGUUGUAGAACUCAAAAACUUGUUCAAGAAAACACAGGAAAGACUGCAGUAAACAUAUGAGGAAUGACUUUGUAGUUUACUUAAAAUAAUAAACUGCAUUUCAAGGACAUUUUUAUCUUUCUUAAAAUAUAUAUAUAUAUAUAUAUAUAUAUAUACAUACUUACAACAUUUUCUCAUAAAACUAUGUGCUAACAAAACCAUGAAUACAUACUACUGAGAAAUCUGGCAUACAUAGGAACCUGGAGUAGCCAACAUAAUUUUCUUGAUGUUAUUUUUCUUAUAAAAUGUUGCAGGAGAAUUCAGCACAAAACUAAAGAACUAUUAACUUGGUUUGUUAAACUAUUGGAGCUAACUUGCUUCAUCACAGACUGAAACAUUCUGUGAAAGAUACAUUUCUCACAGCGUUCAUUUGUUCCCUUCAUAUGUUAUCAGCAUGCCAAAACCAAGUUUGUAUUUCAAAGCUUCUGAUAAAUUACAUUUAGACAGCCAUUUUUGAAUUGCAAAAGUGGCCCAGUUUGUAGUUCACAACAGCAACAAGAGUUGAAUUUUCAAUAGUCCAGAAUUACUAUUUAUAAUUCAGAGGGAUGCUUUCAUUUGGGUAUACUGAAAGUUUGAUUUACUCAAUCCUUGUCUGCAAUCCAAUCCAAAACAUGACAAUGUAUUAAUGGAGAAUGGGGCACAAUUGGAUGCUGUGGGCUAUAGUCUAUCACAGCUUCAACUUACCCUUGAUUUCGCCCAUCACUCAAAGGAACACUUCUCUGCUGCCCCUUCUCAACUAACCAGUCAUGAGUAUCAAGAAAUGGGAAGGGCUACAAUCGCCAGUUGUCCUCCUCUCUGCCCUAGUUCAUGCCACUUUCUCGAAUCAAAAUAUAACAGGUACCAACAGACCAGAGGUAGUGGCUAUAAUAGAUCUAAGGUUGAGAACUGAAGGAAAGGACGUACAAGUCCCAAGGAGUAAUUUUAAAUUCAAAUACUGUUUGUGAAAAAUUAAUAUUUCAGGUCCGGACUCAAUACCUCUCAAUUUCUGCCCAUUCCCAGUUUUAAUAAAUUGAAUCUUAUCAGACACAUGGAAGCAUUUUUAGAAGUGUUUGGUAACCAAGGGUAACAAUUUAUCAUUCAUCAAGUACCUGCUUCACAGCAGGUGCUCUACCUUAACUACUCUCCAUGCCCCUCUGAGGUCAAAGUGUAGCAGAUGCCUCCCUGUGACAUGCCAGAAGACCAGUGAGAGCUGAUGUAGUUGCAUGCCAGCUGCACCACGGAGUUACAAGUUUCAAAGUUUCAAACCUCCAAGGAGAUUGUGCAGAUGGGCUUUCCUCAUAAACCAUCAGGCCAAGGUCCCAGAAACAAUCUUUGCCCACAUUUAAGAAAUGCAGUAAUAUUUUGCCAUCGUCAGCUGGCAGGAGGAGAACAACUUCCUCUGUUCUCAACUGAAGGGUCGACCACCGAAAACAUUUUAAGGAGCCUCAAAGCCUCCAAUUAAUUCCGCUUUCUAUUUUGAACACAUCAGCCAGUUUUCCAGGACCUCUGGAAAACCAUGGAGCACUAGCGAGUUUUGAGAAGACUUGUAGCUCAGGUUGAGAUUCUGGAUGUGAGUUUGCUCGCUGAGCUGGAAGCACUGCUUGAAGGAAUGAUCUUCCUCCCAGCCAAAUUAACAAUCCUGUAAUACCGUUGGUCCACUUUCUAUCUGACACUGUGACCACACGCUCCACACCUCUUUGAUCUCCCACUGACUGACUGCUCUCUCCCCAUGGCUCAUGAUCUGUCUACACUCCCAACCCCCAAAAUCAUUGAUCACACUCCACUAGCCAGACUUAUCACUCCUGCAUGCAUGUUCCUAGAUAGUCACCUAUGUUGGCAGUUCCCUUAUAAAGGACAUUCCACUCUCAGCUAUGUUGAUCUCUCCCUACAUAUGGAUUCCUAAACACACAUGUAGGUUGUGUCAUACAUUAAGAUCCCUAACCCUCAUCUGAUUCAACCUCUCCCCACAUAUAUAUCCUGAUACAACGCCCUUGACACCUACCUUCCAUAAACUUUGGGGAAUCUUCACGUGAUGCAAUAACUGUCCCACCGGAAUUCUGCAGUUGGGCGGUGGUCAAAUAGAAAUCCUGUUAGAAGCCUAGCAAGCAUGAGUAUAAGCUGCACCCCAACCCCUGCCCCUAAAAACUAAAUGUGUUGGAGAUAACAAAGUGUGGAGCUGGAUGAACACAGCAGGCCAAGCAGCAUGUUAGGAGCACAAAUGCUGACGUUUUGGGCCUAUACCCUUCAUCAGAAAAGGUAGAUAUGGUCACAGUUGGGGCCAAAUUGGGAAGGCUUAAAUGUGGACUGUAGUCCAUUGGGGGUGAUCUGGUUCCAUAGGCAGGUGCUGAGGAAGGUGAUGUGACUGUGGCACUUGGUUUGCUUCAGGACACGGUCGAGCAGUUUUAAGGCCGAAGAGACUACAAGAGAGUUGCAGUGGGAGAGAGAUCCCCUGAGGUUGGUCCGGAGGGAGGAGGGUAACUUCUUCAGGUUAGGCAUCCUGGAAGAGGCUUCACAAUGAGGUUAAAAUUGUGAUCAGAGAUAAUGGGAACUGCAGAUGCUGGAGAAUCCGAGGUAACAAAGUGUGGAGCUAAAUGAACACAGCAGGCCCAGCAGCAGCUUAGGAGCACAAAAGCUGACAUUUCGGGCCUAGACCCUUCAUCAGAAAAACUAAAUGAGUUGGGCUGAGUUGAAGGGACACGUAGAAGUUCAUGCCUGUCCAGAAGAGGUAAAUCCAGUCCAGCUGAAUUCUUUGCUUUACUACAAUAAAGCAGGAAAUGUCAUCACUUCAGAGCGUGUUUUCUUAAAUGUUGAAUCAGUGCCUCUAUCUUCAAUACUUAGUUUCGUUUUGAUUGAAUACUUUGAUUUUUACGUGUAAGUGCACGGACUGAUGGGAAUUCCCCCAUCACACUAUCAUCCAUAUUAUGUAAGACUCGAGAACUUUUUCAAGCAACAGUUUGAUCCAUGAGUGCCUCCACAUUAAAAAAAAUAACUUUGAAUACGGACAGCGUUACAACAGUGCUCCCACAUGCUCAAUAAAUUAUGGAGAAAUGCACAAGUCUUUCAGAAAGAUUUACAAGCACUGUGGUCAAAUAAAGCAUUCUUUUAUUGACUUUUAUUGAGAUGGUUUUUGGAUUUUAUUCUCACAGCCAAAUUACAUAUUCAAGAAUAAGAGCGGCAGUUGAUAUUUUUGAUCGGGCAGUGAAUAUUUACAUUACAUUUUGACAAAGAAUAACAACUGCAGUAAAGCAGAAGUAUGGCUAAAUCUGGAAGCCAUUGAUAUGUAUAGCCUGACUGCUGCUGUUUUUGAUCGGAGAGAACCCAAGCAGUGUUAUAUUGGGUUUCAAUGGGGAUUGUUUGUGCGUUUGAUAGACCAUCUCAUGUUCUAGGUUGUUGACUUGCUCGCCGAGUUGGCUUGUUCUCGUUCAGACAUUUCAUCACCAUGCUAGAUGUCAUAUUAAGUGGAGUCUCUGAUGAAGAGGUGUUAUUCUCCUGAUUGCAAAAGCAACGAUGCAAAGAUCAGAACACACCACCCUCUCCCACAUUCAACACAAACUUCAGUACAUAGAUCCAGUACAUAGUCAACACAUUAGGAGACCCACCACCUCAUCAACAGCGUAUUUACAAGGAUUAAGUUCACAAGGGAAGAAGGAAACAACAAUCAAUUUCUGUUUCUGGAUGUUAAAGUUGAGCACAUGACCAACAGGGAGUUCCAAACCUCAGUGUAUAGAAAAGCAACUCAUACUGAUCAAAUCCUCAACUUCCACAGCAACGACCCCAAUGCACAGACAAAGCUGCAUUAAGACACUAUUUAAAUAGGCCAGGACGCACUGCAACACCCCAGUUAUCUCUGUAAGGCCAUCCGUCAACCUCCUACGCUUAACACUACACAGGAAAGAGAAAGAGCACCAAAACAAAAUCCUUGCUUUAAACAGAAAUCCCUGCAACUUCACCCACAGGUGCCCACUAAACAGACAACAUCGGGACAACACAGUACACCCUAACACACUGGCCACACUGCCCUACGUCAAGAACAUAUUGGAACUGAAAACAAAACUCCUAACACCACAAGGAAUCAUGGUGUCCCACAAGGAAUCAUGAUGUCCCACAAGUCCCCAGCCACUCUACGACAAUUACUUACAAGGAUUAAAGACCCCAUUCCCACCACAUGCAGAACCAAUGUAGUUUAGAAAAUACCAUGCAAUGACUGCCACAAACAUUACAUUGGACAGACAUGAAGGAAGUUAGUCAUCAGAAUACAUAAACAUCAACUAGCAGCAAAACAACAUGAUGAACUCUCCUUAAUAUCAGCACAUUCAAACAAUGAAGGCCAUCAGUUCAACUGGGAUAAUGGGAACUGCAGAUGCUGGAGAAUCCGAGAUAACAAAGUGUGAAUCUGGAUGAACACAGCAGGUCAAGCAGCAUCUUAGGAACACAAAAGCUGACAUUUCGGGCCUAGACCCUUCAUCAGAGAGUUCAACUGGGACAAGGUAACUAUAGGAGCCUAAACCAAACAUAGGCACACACGGGAAUUCCUAAAGGCAUGGUUCUCCAACCAUAAUGCAAUCAACAAACACAUAGAAUUGGACUCCAUAUCCAAACGCAUACAAAUCAAAACUGGAAAUGACAGUACUCACCAUAACAGGCCAAACAGUACAAAUCCAAGCAGAGUGGAAUAACAUCACUUCAUCAGAGGCUCCACUGAUGAUGUCACCAAGCAUGGUGAUGAAACAUUUGAACAAGAGCAAGCCAGCUCGCUGAGCAAGUCAAUAACCUUACCCAUAACCCAAGCUACAGAUCUUUGCCUAAACUUUGAAUCUUAUGUUAUAACAAAAAUUUCAAGACGUUAAAGAUUGAAUACCAAAGUCGAGGGUUUUCCUUGCUUCAUAGAAUAUUUUAUGGUUGCUGGUUGAAGCAUCAAGCUUCAUCACAGAUGUUUUAUGUUAUGCAUUGGUAAAGAAUGGAAGUUGUAAUAAAAGUGCUCACUUAUUUAUGCAUUUUCUACUGAUAUAUCUUUCAAGGCUCUGGAACCUGCUGAUACGGAUCAAAGAAUAGAGGCAAGAACAGUAGCAGUUCUUGAUUGACAGCUGUGUAUCUCUAUAGGUUGGCUAUGUCAGUAGGAUGGACUCAAUGGUAAUUGUAAUUAUUUUGAGGCACAGAUCUGUGGCCAAGGGUUUUCAAGCAUGGGUUUAUGAUGUUUUAUCUGUGCUUCCUAACCUGCCACUCAGCAGCUAGCCAAAAAACUGAAUGAAUUUAACUCCAUGAUAGUGUUGUACUGUUUAGGAAUUGAACACUAAUUGUACAGUGAGAGAUAGUCACGAAACAGAUUUAUUUUUGCUUUGGACAUGUAUUGUAAAGUUUGUAAAUCACUUCAUUUACUUGUAUUGUGUUGAAUAAGCUUGCUAGUAGUUUGUCGAAC